UCGUAUCAUGUCGCGACAGAAGAAUCAAAAUUACAAGGGCCAUGGAUUGCCAAAGGGAAAAGAGCGAGAGCAGAGAGCAUCAAUCCGGUUCAAGACCACUCUUAUGAAUACUCUCAUGGAUGUCCUUCACCACAGGCCAGGAUGGGUGGAAGUAAAGGAUGAAGGGGAAUGGGAUUUCUACUGGUGCGAUGUCAGCUGGCUCCGGGAGAAUUUCGACCACACCUACAUGGAUGAGCACGUGCGGAUCAGUCACUUCCGAAACCACUACGAGCUGACCCGCAAGAACUAUAUGGUGAAGAACCUGAAGCGCUUCCGGAAACAGCUGGAGCGCGAGGCGGGAAAGCUGGAGGCAGCCAAGUGCGACUUCUUCCCCCAAACCUUUGAGAUGCCCUGCGAGUACCAUCUGUUUGUGGAGGAGUUUCGCAAAAACCCAGGAAUCACCUGGAUCAUGAAGCCUGUAGCCCGGUCGCAGGGGAAGGGCAUCUUCCUCUUCCGGAGGCUGAAGGACAUCAUGGACUGGAAGAAGGGCACCGCUGGGAAGAAGCUCACCAGCUUGGAGGCUCAGCCAGCUCGGAGUGCUGUCAACCCCUCUGGCAGCCACGACACAAGAAGUUCUGAUGACCAGAAAGAUGAUAUUCCCGUGGAGAACUAUGUAGCUCAGCGUUACAUUGAAAAUCCCUACCUGAUAGGAGGCCGCAAGUUUGACCUGCGUGUCUACGUGCUGGUGAUGUCGUACAUGCCGCUGCGAGCCUGGCUGUACCGGGACGGCUUCGCCCGAUUCUCCAACACCCGCUUCACACUGAACAGCAUUGAUGACCAGUAUGUUCACCUCACCAAUGUCGCCGUGCAAAAGAUGUCUCCCGACUACCACCCAAAGAAGGGCUGCAAGUGGAUGCUGCAGCGCUUCCGGCAGUAUCUGGCGUCCAAGCACGGGCCCGAGGCAGUGGAGACGCUCUUCAGUGACAUGGACAACAUCUUCAUCAGAAGCCUGCAGAGCGUGCAGAAGGUGAUCAUCAGCGACAAGCACUGCUUCGAGCUGUAUGGCUAUGACAUCCUCAUAGACCAGGACCUCAAGCCGUGGCUCCUGGAGGUCAAUGCAUCCCCAUCACUGACAGCCAGCAGCCAGGAAGACUAUGAGCUCAAGACCUGCCUCCUGGAAGACACCCUGCACGUCGUGGACAUGGAGGCCAGACUCACGGGAAGGGAGAAGCGAGUGGGAGGCUUCGACCUCAUGUGGAACAAUGGCCCUGUCAGCAGAGAAGAUGGGGCUCAUGACCUGUCAGGGACGGGGAACUUUGUGACCAACACGCACCUUGGCUGCGUCAAUGAUCGGAAAAAACAGCUGAGGCAGCUGUUCCGCUCCCUUCAAGGCCAGAAGAAAACUCCCAACUAAUCCCCAGCGCGGAGGAGAGCGACCCGGGGAGGUGCCACACCAGUCCUCU